GCCCCCUCCCUCUGCUUUUGCCCCCAGGGGAUGGUUGGCCUGGUCACCGGUGGUGCCUCCGGCCUGGGUCGUGCCACCGCUGAGCGCCUGGUGCAGCAGGGAGCCAGCGCAGUGAUCGUGGACCUGCCGACAUCGGAUGGGCCGAGUGUGGCCGAAGCGCUGGGGGAACAAUGUGUCUUUGCUCCAGCUGAUGUGACGUCGGAGGCGGACGUGAAGGGGGUCCUGGCCCUUGUGCGGGAGAAGUUCGGGCGCUUGGAUUUGGCCGUGAACUGCGCCGGAAUCGCAGUGGCCGUCAAGACCUACAAUGUCAAGAAGGACAUGCCCCACAGCCUGGAGGAUUUCCAGAGGGUCCUCAACGUCAAUGUUGCCGGCACCUUUAACGUGAUCCGACUGAGUGCUGGUGAGAUGGGCAGGAAUGACCCUGACUCCGAUGGGCACCGAGGAGUGAUCGUCAACACAGCCAGUGUGGCUGCUUUCGAGGGCCAGGUGGGUCAAGCUGCGUACUCCGCCUCUAAAGGGGGCAUCGUGGGCAUGACCCUGCCCAUCGCCAGGGAUCUGGCCCCUAUGGGGAUCCGUGUCGUCACCAUCGCCCCAGGUACCAACCCCAGCGUAGCUCCUGUCAUGGUGUGGGGAGCCCAGGGCUGA